AUGUCGAUUUUGCUGCGAAAAGGAUUUGCGGACGAGUCUCUGGAGCGGGUCCUGGAGGACCUGCUGGUGAGGUUUGUGAUCAACUGUCCGCCGGAAGACUUGUCGUCGAUUGAGAGGGUUUUCUUCCAGAUAGAGGAGGCACACUGGUUCUACCAGGACUUUGCCAGAGUCGUCAACGAAUUGCUGCCGCCGAUGAAGAUGAAACAGUUCACGGCCAAGAUAAUAGCGCAGUGCCCUGUGGUGUGGCGCUGGGGCGACUCGCAGGACGCCCUCGCGCAGUUCGGCAAGUACAAGUCGUCGAUUCCCGUGCGUGGGUGUGCUGUGCUCAACCAGAAGCUGGACAAGGUUCUGCUGGUGAAAGGCGUCGAGUCGUCGUCGUGGGGUUUUCCGAGGGGCAAGAUCUCAAAGGACGAGAGCGACCUGGACUGCGCGCUGCGCGAGCUGGAGGAGGAAACUGGGUUCGACGGCCGAGAGUACAUUGACGAGGACGAGUACAUCGAGCGCACCAUUCAGGGCAAAAACUACAAGAUAUACAUUCUGGCCGGGGUGCCGGAAAGCACGCAGUUCGAGCCACGUGUUCGCAACGAAAUCAGCGCCAUUGCGUGGAAGGACAUCAAGUCGUUGUCGAAACAGGGCAAGAAUAACUUAUUUUUGGUGAGCUCGAUGAUGAAACAGCUGCAGAACUUCAUCAACAGGAGGAAAAACCAGCAGACAGAGGAGGAGCUCAAAAGACAGGCCACGAUCCAGCUCAAGAAGAUUCUGGGUGUCGGCCAGCCCCAGGAAAAGUCCGACCCUGGACGCGACCUGCUCAACAUGUUGCAGCAGGUUUCUGCUGGCAAGCAGCCUCCCAACGCACAGCCGCCGUCCAUGCCGCCGACAGGCCACCCUAUGCCGCUGCCAAUGCCGCUUGCUCCGUUCCCUAUGCCGUUCCCUAUGCCGUUUAUGAUGGCUCCGCACAUGCUUCCGCGGUUUCCCUUCCCACCGCCGCCUGCCAUGUCUGUGCCGCGUAGUGACCAGAAAAACGAGCUGUUUGCUCCGCCGCCUUCGUCGCUCGACAAGCCGCAGUUGGUGCUGGCAAAUAGGCGGUCUGGCGAGAGCAAUAGCAAGGAGCUGCUGAGCAUUUUGAAACGUCCUGAGAGGAAGGAGGAGACAGAGGAGCCGCAGAAGCCGCGGGGCAACUUUUUGCAGAGUCUGUUUGACAGGUACAAGGGCGAGGAGCCUGCGCAGUUCCCGCGGAAGGUGACGAUUUUGAAGCGGCCGAAGGAGGAGCCCGAGGAGAAGACUAAGGAGGCUGGAAAUGGAAGAGAGCAGGAGAGCCGGCUGCCGAAGCCAAGUCCCGCGACGAACGGCAGCACGGAGAUGCUGAGCAUCCUGAAGAAGCCCGAGCCCCAGCCUGAGCCAAAGACAGACUCGGAAGGCUCCAAGGAGCUGCUGGGACUGCUGACAAAGAAGAAGGAGACACAGCCAAAGGAGGCCUCGAAACAGCUGCUGGACCUGCUGAGGACCAAGCCGGCGAAUCCGAACGGCGCGAACGGCGCGAACGGCUCGGCAGAGCUGCUGGGCAUGCUGAAAAAGCCCGGGGAGCCCGCGCAGACGGCCCAGGCUGCCACUGCCCCCUCUGCCUCGGUUCUGCUGGGAAUCCUAAACAGAAAAGAAGAGCCGCGCGACCCCAGCAAGGGGCUUCUGAACGCGGUCGUUCCACCCGUGCAGGAAAGCCCCGCGCAGUCCGGCUCUUCUGGGUCGCAGGAGCUGCUGAGCCUGCUCAAACCGGCCAGCUCGCCUGCGCCAACGUCUGCACCGGAGUCGCAUGACGAGCCGAAGCCGUCUCAGGAGGCUGACGAGUACGAGGACUUCGAGGACUUCGAGGAGCUAAACGAGGGGUACGAGAACGUGCGCUCGUCGAACCAUUUCAAGACGUAUGUGAGCGACGAGGACGAGCUAUAUUUGUGA